GUCUUCUUGUUUUCAUAAUUCUUAAUCCAAAGAUGGCCAUGCAUUUCGGGCCCCAGUUACAAUUACAUGCAAUUUUCUUGCUUGUUUUUCUAGCAUUUCAUGCAUCAAGCUGUGAACAAGAGGACUACUGGCAGAUGAAGCUACCAAAAGUCCCUAUGCCACAAGCUAUCACGGACAAUCUAUUUCAUCCUAAAGGUCAGAUGUCAAUAAUGACUCCAAGCAUCGAGACAAAGGAGAAGGCCUCUCAAGGUAGCAACUAUGCAGAUCAGGCAAAGAAGGCUAAUAUGAACCAACCAUUCACUGUCUUCGGUUGGAAAUACGAUGCAAAUAACGAAAAAGAGAAGGUUGGUAUAGACCAACCUUACACUGUCUACGGUUGGAAAUACAAUGCCGAUGAUGCAAAAGAGAGAGUUGGUAUUGACCAACCUUACACUGUCGACGGUUGGAAAUACAAUGCUGAUAGUGCAAAAGAAGCCGAUAGUGCAAAAGAAAAGGUUAAUAUAGACCAACCUUACACUGUCUACGGUUGGAAAUACAAUGUUGAUGAUGCAAAAGAGAGAGUUGGUAUAGACCAACCUUACACUGUCUACGGUUGGAAAUACAAUGCCGAUGAUGCAAAAGAGAGAGUUGGUAUUGACCAACCUUACACUGUCUACGGUUGGAAAUACAAUGCUGAUAGUGCAAAAGAAGCCGAUAGUGCAAAAGAAAAGGUUAAUAUAGACCAACCUUACACUGUCUACGGUUGGAAAUACAAUGCUGAUGAUGCAAAAGAGAGAGUUGGUAUAGACCAACCUUACACUGUCUACGGUUGGAAAUACAAUGCCGAUGAUGCAAAAGAGAGAGUUGGUAUUGACCAACCUUACACCGUCUACGGUUGGAAAUACAAUGUUGAUAGUGCAAAAGAAGCCGAUAGUGCAAAAGAAAAGGUUAAUAUAGACCAACCUUACACUGUCUACGGUUGGAAAUACAACCAAGAGAAUGGUAAUAAAGAAAAGGUUCACGAAGUGAGUUUUGGAUCGGUUUUUUUCGUCGAGAAAAGCUUGCGCCUUGGAGAGAAAUUAAAGCAUGAUUUUCAAAAGACUCCAAGUGUUCCUUUUUUGCCUAAGCACAUUGCUCAAUCCAUCCCUUUCUCGGGGGAUAAAUUCACUGAAAUACUCGAUUUAUUUUCGAUAAAACCUGGAUCUAUAGAAGUAACGGGAAUUAAAGGAACCCUUGAUAUCUGUCUGCAUAGACCAAAGGUGGAAAAGGAAAACAGGACUUGUGCCCAAUCCAUGGAAGACGUUGUAGAUUUUGUUGUAAGGGAGGUCGAACGAUGUUGAAUUAAGAAUGAUGAGGAGCGAUAUUGAGGUGCCUAAAGGCAUACAAGAUUACGUGUUAACAAAAGUGAAGAAGUUGGUUGUACCAGGCAAUACUGCUGCUGCAUGCCAUAGGAUGAGCUACCCUUACGUCGUGUACUACUGUCACCACCAACAAGACAUUGGUCAUUACGACGUAACUUUGGUUAGCCCAACCUCUGGUAACACCAUCCAAACCACCGCCGUAUGUCACUAUGACACAUACGCGUGGAAGCCUAAUGUCCCAGCCCUUCAAUACCUUGGGAUCCGCCCUGGUGAUGCCCCGGUCUGUCAUUUCUCUGCCAUAAAUGAUAUGUUUUGGAGCCUCAAAGCUAACUCCAAAUCUCUCGACAUGGUUGUGUAAAAUUAAUAUGUUAUGAACAUGUACCAUGUGUAACGCAUGUAACGUAAAUAAUAGCGUAGCAUGGUAUAUAUGUUAUACUAUCCAUGCAUGUAACUUACAAGCUACAAUUACGUAGUAUGUAUUGUAUGUUGUGCUUGUAUUCUACUUUAAAUAAUCUAAUUAUCCUACUUUAUUGUAAC